CGUGGCUGGAGCUUUUGAGGAGUGUCGAGGAAUACAGCUUCUGCUCGAGGUGGUGAAAGACUCGGGUGACACUCUUGGAAGAAAAGACCUGGCUGAGGCACAGCAAAACAAGUUUCAGUUUUAGGUGUCUGGUCAACCUCAGGUUUCCAUGACGUUCAAAAUCGGUCACUGUCUUCUGAUAAUGGUUUUCCUGAAACAAAUGGGUCACUGUCAUCUGAUGAAGGUUCUCCUGAAAGAUCAAAAGAAAAUUGCAGCUACCACAAAGUUUUGGAACACUUGAAGCUGACCAAGGAAAACGAGCUGUAUUUCAUGAACCGGCCUGUUAAAGACCACAAACAUAAAACACCUGUGUACCUUGAAAUGUACCUUUAUGCGAUUCUAGAUGUGAGAGAGAUUGAUCAAACUUUUGUUUCAUAUGUCUGGCUUAAAUUAGAAUGGCGCAAUGAACAUAUUAGUUGGAACCCCGAAGACUUUUGUGGAAUAUUAAAUUUAACAGUUCCAAAUCAGGUUUUAUGGAAACCUGAUCUGACAAUUGAGGAGAUGAUAGAGAGGGACAAAGCCCCACCAAGUCCUCUCAUUAGAAUAGAUUUUCCUGGUUGGGUAUAUUAUGAGAAUGAUCAAGUGAUCAUCAGCUCCUGCCGGAUGCACGUUUUCAAAUUCCCCUUUGACACUCAGAACUGUACUAUCACCUUCAAGUCAAUUCUUCUCAGUGAUGAAAUUGAUCUUAUCCCAUGGUCAGAAAAAGAGAUACCCGUAAAGUGGCUGUCUGGAAAUCCGUGGGCGCAGUACGAGUGGGUGUACAAAGACAUGUCUUUCAACAGAACUGACAAAACUGUGAUUUACACUAUCACCAUGAGCCGGCGGCCCACCCUCUAUUGUUUCAAUUUUUUGCUGCCCAUCUUGUUUUUCAUCAUCCUGGAUUUGGCCUCUUUCCUUAUUCCUUCAAAUGGAGGCGAAAAACUCAGCUUCAAAGUCACAGUACUGCUCGCUGUGACGGUGAUGCAGCUUAUUCUUAAUGAGAUUCUGCCAUCCUCAACGGACACGAUUCCACUUGUAGUUCUCUACUGUGUUGGAACAUUUGGUUUGAUGCUGCUCAGCGUAAUAGAGACAAUUGUGGUCAUGCAUUUGAUGGAGAAAGACUCAGAAUCCCCAGAAAGUGAAAGAGACCCAGCUCUCAACACAGACCAAAAUGACGAGAAAAUGAAAGUCAACUGCAGAAAUAGUCUUACAGCCAUCCAUGAUCACGAGACUGAUCAAAACACACCUUCACCCAAAAAGGACAGCAGCAGUCAGCAGUUGGAUGUUUCCUUGGCCCUGGAUCUGUUUUCUCAUGAGCUGGAUGAGGUGAAGAAAACUGUGUCUCUGCUCAGCAGCAGGAGGGAAAAUAUUGGUUACUGGACCAAACUAUCAAGAAAAAUCCACAAAAUUUUCACUGUUUGUUAUGUUGGAGGUGUCAUUCUGUUUUUGUUUACUAUUUCUAUGCUGUGGAUCGUAGCAGACGACAAUUAAAAUGCAGUAAACGAAAAAUAAGGGCACUGCUUUGGUGUCCCGACAAGCCAGAAUUGUGCCCUAAAAUUUCUACUUUGGCUGUUUUUAGUCCUUUGUAUAAAUUAUAUUUGCCUCAUUCAAACCAAGUGAUUACAUCAUCAUCCAUGUAGGUAUUUACUCAUAUUUGCAAGAGGUUUGACACUGUUCUUCAUUAAUCCUCCACACAAUGAUAUUCAUUAUAAAGUCAUUUAUGGGAAAAAUUAAAGUGGAAUUUAUUGCAUUUUUUGAGUACUCCAGUUUCUAGUGUGUUGGAGGGAAGUAAGUAGAAGUACUUGUUAAAGACACAAACAAAAACCCAUGUGUGGCAGAAUCACAGUGUCACUAUUGGUUAUGGAAAAACAUGACAGUUCAUCUGUAAAAUCAAUUGCAUGUUUUCUGACAAACCAAUCUGUAAAUCUGACUAUUCGGAGGAAUUUCAUCCCACCGAGUAACAGUAGAAAGCUUCUUUAAUAUAUUGUUGUGUAUCUAUUACUUUAUUAUGUGCUUUAUCAUGACCAGUUGUUCUGUAAUGUAUUAAAUGCAUUUCAAAAUAGAUCAAAUAUGCAUGGACAUGACAUUGAACUGUCAUUUACCUAGGAUUUGUUACAGGUUUAUAUCACUUCAUGGCCUGCUGAAAGCAUGUUUUACUUAAACUAUUCUGUAAUAUGGAAGGUUCUUGAGAAGACCACAAAUGCAGCACCAAUUAUGUAAAUAUAUCUUACAGAAUAAAAUUUUGAAUGAUCAAAAA